UUGCGUUGGGUCAAGAACCACAGAAAGCAAAAACCCUCUGGCAGGGGUGGUAGUGGCACAUUUCGUAUGACCGCAAUUUUAAACCCUUUAGCCUCCUUCUCCUUCUACGGUUUCUCCAUUUCCAUCAAAAACCCACAAACGCCAUUCCCCACCUCCCACUUUCCCGCCCUCUGUUUCUCUCUGUUUCUCUCUCUGUGAAAGGGUUUUUGCUCAUUGAGAUGCCCUCAAGAACUAGUGAUGCAGAAGCUGUUGCGAUUAAACCCUUCGUCUUCUUCCUCAGCCCCCAUUCUCUGUACUGCGGUUAAACCCUUUUCCUUUCUGCCUUCCAAGACCACCCCCUUUACCCCUAACCCAUCCCACCCUCUUCUAAUGUCUUCUGCUAGAGCGUUUCACAGCGCCGGCGGUGGCUCCGCCUUCUCCUCGCCUUCUCGUUCGAGUAAGCCCUCUUCUACUGCCGUCCUUUCCCGCUUUGCUGCGGUUAAUUCGUCGAGAAAUUGCUACUUGUGCCGAGGCACAAUUGAUGCUCCUGCCGCAUUGCGAGCCUGGGUUGUGUUCAAGGAUAAUCGAAAUGGGUUGCGGCCGGCGUGGCUCCACACGGAUUCUGAUGGGUUGUUUUCGUCUUCUUCUGGUGAGGGGUCGAAUAGCUCGAGAGUGAGUGUGGCUGGUGAUAAUGGCGGAGAUGGAGAUGGAUUUGUCUGUGAUAAUGACGAAGAAGGAAAGAAGGUUUUAGAGGAAAAGGGGUCGAAGUCGAGUAGGAGGCAGAAGGGUUUGGCUGGUGGAGGCGUGUUAGUUGGUAAUCCUGAUUUGUUGACUAUUCCAGGAGUUGGUCCAAGGAAUUUGAAGAAGCUGGUACAGAAGGGGAUUGCUGGAGUGGCUGAGCUCAAGCAGUUGUACAAAGAUAAGUUCUUUGGUGAUUCUAGCCCGAAGAUGGUUGAGUUCUUACAGAGUUCUGUUGGAAUUAUCCACAGAAAUCAUGCUGAAAGUAUAACCAGUUAUAUAAAAGACAGUGUAGAUAAAGAGUUGACUGAGGACAGUUCAAACUCAGAUGCAAAGUCAUCUCAGAAGAAACGGAUUACAUUCUGUGUCGAGGGAAAUAUUAGUGUUGGAAAGACAACAUUCCUUCAGAGAAUAGCUAACGAAACUCUUGAGCUACGUGACCUGGUUGAAGUGGUUCCAGAACCUAUUGACAAGUGGCAGGAUAUAGGACCUGACCACUUCAAUAUACUAGAUGCUUUUUAUGCCGAGCCUCAGAGAUAUGCAUAUACAUUCCAGAAUUAUGUGUUUGUCACAAGGGUUAUGCAGGAGAGAGAGUCAUCUGGUGGAAUCAAGCCGCUCAGGUUGAUGGAAAGGAGUGUUUUCAGCGACAGAAUGGUGUUUGUGAGAGCUGUUCAUGAAGCAAAUUGGAUGAAUGAGAUGGAGAUCAGCAUCUAUGACUCAUGGUUUGAUCCAGUUGUGUCAACCUUGCCCGGGCUUAUUCCUGACGGUUUCAUCUAUCUUAGAGCAAGCCCUGAUACUUGUCACCAAAGAAUGAAGUUACGUAAGAGAGCUGAAGAAGGUGGAGUCAGUUUAGAGUAUCUCCGUGACUUGCAUGAGAAGCAUGAAAGCUGGCUUUUCCCUUUCCAAAGUGGUAACCAUGGGGUUCUAUCUGUCAGUAAGCUACCAUUACAUCUAGACAGUUCUUUACACCCCGAUAUCAGGGACCGUGUCUUUUUCUUGGAGGGUGACCAUAUGCAUAGAAGUAUUCAGAAGGUGCCUGCCUUGGUUCUUGAUUGUGAACCAAACAUUGAUUUCAGCAAAGACGUUGAAGCUAAGAGACAGUAUGCUCGUCAAGUUGCCGAGUUCUUCGCAUUUGUAAAGAAGAAGAAUGAAGCUUCUUCAUCAACUGCUGGCCAAGACAGUGCAAAUGGUUCCCAAUCACAAGUAAUGCUGCCAAAUAAAGGAUUAUGGGUACCCGGUGGGAAUCAUUUCCCAAAAUCAGCUCUAAAAUCAUUGGAUUUCAGGCGGGCAAUGUCUUUCAUGUCUGGUUAGAGAUCAGAACUCUCGAUGGUGUUUUUUCCCAGAUUCAUCUCAACAGCCUACUUGUUCUAUCUGUUGAUUGUGGAUCAAUGUGUAAAAAGGCUUGCUGCUUUUAGGGCUUAGGAAUGUAGGGAAAGUUUCCUGGUGUUGUUAGUGUUGGAUGCUUUUGUAGGUUGUAAAACCCUCUCACUGUUAAAAUGUUUGUCUAGUCAUCUUUGUAUGAGUUGGUGGUAUCUCCAAGCAUCACCCAUUUUGUUGCCUUUUUUGUAGCCUGUUGGAGUUGGCAAGGUGAUGGGAGUAGGCCUUGAACUUUACUAUCCUACUUGUAGUGCUCCUACAUAUUAAAUUGUUUCUUGGGUUGGAGUUUUAUAAGUAUUCUGACUAUAAUAGUCUUUAUGAUCA